UAACACCAUAGAAUCUGGUUUCGAUCCCAUAUGACCGGUACGCGAGUCUCUCUGACAUAAGAUGGCGGGUGCUAGUUACGCUGCGCAACCAAUGGCCAUGGAGAGUAUACAGCGGCAGCCCCAUCCAAUCGGCAAAGUUUUCGUCCAAAGAGAUUACUCCGAUGGUAUGGUGGUUAAAUUCCAGACCAAACUGCCUCUAGAUAUUAACGACAGGGUGGAUCAGAAGACUUUUGAGACCACUAUUCACCGUCUGAAUGAAAUCUACGGCACUGCUGAAUCGUUAAAACUACGGGUAUUCUGUGAAGGCUGCUUGGCUUGCUUGACUGGCUACCUGGCUCUCAUAUGUCUAGAAACACAUUAUGCAAAGCAUGUGAAAGAAGCAGCGACAUACAUCCAAACAAUGAACGAGGAAGUCUUCGGUCCCAGGGGGCUCAUUAUAGUUGACCCCUAUGAACGUGGGCUUAGAGUCAUCGAGAUUGCAAUUCUACCCCAAGAAAGAGGCUGACGAUGGGGAACAUGAUCUCAAGACGUUUCAACUGAUGGCAUCUUGAGAACCUUUACAAGAUAAAAGGAACAUUUGUACAAAGGCAGACUACAAGUGCUGAUAUUGGUAUUUUUUGAAACAAUGUGUAUACAAUUUUAUAAACUGGUGUUAGUGACUGGAGGUGUUUCCCAAGACGGUGAAGAUUGUUCAAGGCGCGCUGAUUUACAAACAUUGGGACCCGUUAAAAUCCACAACUUUGUUUCCAUGAGUUUGUUUCCAUUAAACGUGAAUUUUUACACAGGGUUUUCAAAAGGUUCUCACAAGUUAGGAUGUUCGUGAGACUCGCACAAUCUAUCAUGAAAAAAAUAUGACAUUAGGUGGGGCUUUAUCUGUUUUUUUGUUGGUGCUGUUGUUUUUUGUUUUUCUUUCUGUCUAACUAUUUUCAAGAAUAUCCAAACGUGUAAAGCAACUGUGUUUUGUAAUGUAGAUGGAAUUUCUAUCAGAGAAAUUCAUUAUGAAUGUGGUAAUUAAACCACAUUUAUGUUAUAAACUUUAGUUGUAUGUGCCCUGCCUCCAUCCUAAGCAAGCUUUGUUGUGACUCUUCUUAAUCCUGCUUAGAAAGAGACGGGACUGUUGAAGAUUUUGAAAACUUCAGUUCAAUGGUUUUACUGUAAAAUCAUCACAUGACCACGUCCAUUGAGUCCUUAAAACAACUCGGAACCAACUGCAGCCCCAAAUGAAGGACUGCCGAGAACUUUGGUUAUUGAGUCCUUAAAACAACUCGGAACCAACUGCAGCCCCAAAUGAAGGACUGCCGAGAACUUUGGUUAUUGAGUCCUUAAAACAACUCGGAACCAACUGCAGCCCCAAAUGAAGGACUGCCGAGAACUUUGGUUAUUGAGUCCUUAAAACAACUCGGAACCAACUGCAGCCCCAAAUGAAGGACUGUCGAGAACUUUGGUUAUUGAGUCCUUAAAACAACUCGGAACCAACUGCAGCCCCAAAUGAAGGACUGCCGAGAACUUUGGUUAUUGAGUCCUUAAAACAACUCGGAACCAACUGCAGCCCCAAAUGAAGGACUGCCGAGAACUUUGGGUAUGACUUGCAGAAAGGCUGUGGACUUUGCUUUUAGUGUGUGGCACACGGUGUAUUUGAAGAAAGGCUGUGGACUUUGCUUUUAGUGUGUGGCACACGGUGUAUUUGAAGAAAGGCUGUGGACUUUGCUUUUAGUGUGUGGCACACGGUGUAUUUGAAGAAAGGCUGUGGACUUUGCUUUUAGUGUGUGGCACACGGUGUAUUUGAAGAAAGGCUGUGGACUUUGCUUUUAGUGUGUGGCACACGGUGUAUUUGAAGAAAGGCUGUGGACUUUGCUUUUAGUGUGUGGCACACGGUGUAUUUGAAGAAAGGCUGUGGACUUUGCUUUUAGUGUGUGGCACACGGUGUAUUUGAAGAAAGGCUGUGGACUUUGCUUUUAGUGUGUGGCACACGGUGUAUUUGAAGAAAGGCUGUGGACUUUGCUUUUAGUGUGUGGCACACGGUGUAUUUGAAGAAAGGCUGUGGACUUUGCUUUUAGUGUGUGGCACACGGUGUAUUUGAAGAAAGGCUGUGGACUUUGCUUUUAGUGUGUGGCACACGGUGUAUGUUGUGGUGGGUUAUCUCACUGUCAGUUUAAAAGUGAAAUUCAUCAAAUUAAUGUAGAACAAACACAAAAACAUACAUGUAGGUGAGACUUGCUGCGAAUUCUGCACACUGCUUAAUACCAACCAAAAUGACCUGUGGUGAUAAAACUGAUCUAAAUGAACAUGUAGGUCUUCGCUGAAAUGUCUAAGAUCUUGUCUGAAUCAGCCGCUGUUGCUAAGGAUGUUGAUAUGAGUAGCCUGUACUUCAAUACUUGUUGCUAUGGUGAUCUAGCUGUAGCCAUAACAAGUUAUAGUCUUGACUAAAUCUAACUAAGGACCAUUCCAAUUGUUGUUUUUCUGUGUUUGAAAAGUACCAAUUUGUUUUAUUGUUCUUUUCCUUAGAUCAACCUUGGUGUACAGAAUAAGAUUUGUUAUAUGUGUCCUUCAGUCUCUUUUUCUUGUAUUCAAAGAAGUUGGAAUGAUAGGCUCCAUUUGUAGUGGUUAUCUUUUAUUUGCUGAUGUUGCAAAGUAUCAAUUCAGUUUUGAUAAAGAAAUAGUCAAACUAGUCGAGAUUAUUCCGAGGUCAUGUGGUAAUAUUACAACCAAGUGAGCUUUCAGACUUUGAAGACUUUUGAGACCGGUCGGUAUCUAUUGUGCUUGUCACUGAGGAUGUUUACCGUUUAUGGCAAAGCUGAUCAACAGUGUAAUAUCAGGCAAAAAUCUUAAAGCUGCGAGUAAGGAUGAUUAGCCCCCCAAAUUAUUAUUAUUAUUAUUAUUAUAUUUGCGACAGUGUUAAAUUAUAGCCAGAUUGUUGAAAUAAAUUAAUAUAUUAUUGAAUAUAAUGCGUAAUUACUUUCCAAAGUAGCUUGUAGGUAAGUUAGUCCACAGUUGCUAAUGUACUGUUCCCAUUUUAGAAACUUCAAACUUAAAAAAAAUAAGCUUAAGUUUAUUGAUUUUCCAAACCAAACUUGUGCUGAUGUUUUUUAGGCCUUGUAAAUAUUAACCAAUGAGUCUGUAGUCUUUUGAUUUAGUGUCAACUCGAGUCGAUUUAGAAAUUAUCAAUGUUGUACAGUUCAAUUUGUACAUAUUAAAUGAAAUGAAUUAACUUAUGUAAUGUUUGGUAAAUAUGAACACCAUAUGUUUGUAUGUUUACUAUGGAGUAGUUGGUAAAAUAAAUGUACUCCCUAUUUGUAUAUAAAUACAAA